AUGGCGGACCGGGAUCUCGGUCUCACUCCUGACGAGGAAAAGCCUCGUUCCCUCGACUCGGAUGACAACAAGCUCUUCCCCAAGGCAUCCAACGACCACGACCAACUCAACCAGCUCCACGUUACUACCCGCUCCGUUGUCUCGACCGAGGGCGUUAUCGAUGCCGCCGAAUUAGACCAGGUCCUCGACGAAGCCGCGAUUGAGGCUGCCGGUCAGGGGGACGGCAACAGCACCUACCUCUGGGGGCUCACCUUCUUCGCCACCAUCGGUGGCCUGCUCUUCGGCUACGACACGGGCGUGAUCAGUAGUGCUCUGGUCCAGAUCGGCACCGACCUGGACAACAAACCCCUCACCGAUGGUGACAAGGAGUUUAUCACCUCGGCUCUCACCCUCGGCGCCAUCAUCUCUGCCCUCGUUGCCGGAGUAGUCGCAGACAAGAUCGGCCGAAAAUGGACCCUCGUCAUUUGCGACAUUCUCUUCAUCGUCGGCGCCGUCAUCCAAGCUGCUGCACACAAGAAGUGGGAAGUCAUUGCGGGGCGCUUCAUUAUGGGAAUGGGAGUGGGAGCUGCUGCACAAGUUGUUCCAGUGUUUCUUGGUGAACUAUCGCCAGCUAGGGCUCGCGGUCGUCUCACCUGUCUCAAUUCGAUCGCAUGCACAGGUGGUCAAGUAGUGGCCUACGCCAUCGGAGCUGGCUUCCAACACGUCUCGUCCGGCUGGCGCUGGAUCAUCGCCCUCGGCUGCUUCCCUCCCAUCGUCCAGAUCUUUGGAAUUCACUUCUUCAUGUCCGAGUCUCCACGCUACCUCAUCAAGCAGCGACGAGACGAUGAGGCCACCCGCGCCCUCGCCCGCAUCUACCCGCUCGCCACUCCCGAGCAGAUUGCUGCCAAGAUUGGCGUUCUUAAGAAGCACAUUCAAGUCGAAGACUCGCCGCUUUCACACCGCAUCACCAAGGUUUGGACCGAUCUCCCCACUCGACGCGCGGUAUUCUUGACGAGCAGCACCCUGUUAGCCCAACAGCUUUCCGGCUUUAAUAGCUUGAUGUACUUCUCGGCCACCAUCUUCCAAAAGGCAGGACUCGACAACUACACAGCCACGAGUUUGAUCGUCAGCGGUGCCAACUUCCUCUGCACCUUCAUCCCGCUCAAGUACAUUGAUCGCUUCGGCCGUCGCCGCUUCAUGCUUGCCACCAUGCCCUGCGUUGUGCUGUUCCUCGUCUGCACCGCUGGAAUCUUUGCCAAGAUGCUUCAACCCACCAACCAGCGCCUCGAGGAGGGAUACCCUUACCCCAAAUCGUACACUUCGGCCAUGCUCGUGUUCAUGGUUCUGUACGUCUGCUCGUACGCCACGGGUCUGGGCAACGUACCUUGGCAGCAGGGCGAGUUCUAUUCGACCGAGACACGCAUGAUCGGUACUUCCAUCUCGACAGCUGUUAACUGGGGCGGUAACCUCGUCAUCUCGUCCACUUUCUUGAGCCUCAUGAACGCCAUCACCCCUUCGGGCGCUUUUGGCCUGUACGCGGGACUUACCACGGUCUUUCUCAUCAUUGUCUACUUCCUGUACCCCGAGACCUCGCUGCUCUCGCUCGAGGAGGUGCGCACGACGCUCGAUGGCGGCUUCAACGUCAAGAAGAGUCUCAAGCUGAGGAAGGAGAAGGUGGCUCUCUGGGAGGCUCAGAAGGCGGCUGCUCGUGCCGAGACGUCUGCUUAG